AUGGCAGGCCACAACCCGCCCAUGCUGCACAAAGAUCCCGCGAUCAUAAAAUGGAACAACAUGACGACGAACCGACACAAGUACUUCCGCUGGACGCGGCACACGGCCAUGAUCAACAUCAUGUAUGUGAUUGUUGUGCCUGCGUUGCUGGGGACUGCGGGGUAUAUGACGGAUGGCAAGUGGGAUAUGCGCGGGAAGAGGCGUGGGGAUUUGGUUUCUGAGUUUUAG